AAAGCUAGAAUUGCGAGGGUUUUAAAAAAUUCAAUCGAUUUAGCUAUAAAAGGAAGUAAACACUAAUAAAAGAAUUUGAAAACCAGAAGUGUGCCACAGGAUGUCAAGUCUAUGUCCAGGAACACUUUUUUCUUUCCCAGGAUUCAACAAAAAGUCCACACCAGUUCCACCACAGACAACAUCAGAGGAACUCUCCAAACGUUAUCGCCGGCAACCUUUCAAUGGCAGACCAUGGCCCCAUGGCAGUCCUGUUGCUGGAGUGUAUGAUGUAGAAUUUUCCUCGACAAAAAUGAUACUUUUCAACAAUAAAAGAAGACAAAGCAAAUUGAGAGGAAACAAUGACCCUAAAAAUGAAGAGAGCUUAAGUCCAGAUCCAAACAGACACUAUCGAGCAUCUUCACCUGUAUCAAGAGAGCUCCACCAGAACUGUUAUAACUCAAUGUCUCCCUACUAUUACCAGCCAAUGACUAUCCCAUGGAUCAACUACUCUGAAAGGCCACCACCAACUUAUGAAGAUGGCAGUCUUGUCAAUCCUAAGCGGCACACAAGUUGCUGUGUGCCAACAGACCCACUGGCUUUCAAAGUGGGAGUUAGUAACGAGAGGCGGCCACAUAGCAGGGCAUCCCUUCCCCCCAAUUUCCGCUCCAGCCCGAUGCUUAAUCACCCAGACCUGAAAAGGGGAGAGAAAAAGUACAUAGGCAGCAUUGCCAGGAUCUACAGUGCUCAACAGAUGAUUAAACUGAAGCAGAAGCAAUACAAUCAGCUUCUUACACUGGAGAUGGAGAAAGGGUAUCAUUCACCUGAAGAAUAUAAGCAGUACAAAAAAUUCAUAGAACUUGGAAGACAACGUCAGUAUGCAAGACCAUCCCGUGCCAAGUCUGCCCCAGCAGACAGAUGGACCAGAGCAUUUGAAGAAAGCCUAUUUGAUGAUGAGGAAGAACAAACUACCAAAAAGUCAGCAUCAUCCAAAAGUCCUCGAAUUAAAUCCCCAACAAACAGCAGUAGAAGGGGCCCUGUCAAGUCCAGCCAAUCAGGAAAAGGAACAGGCAGGUCAUCUACAAAGGAAACAUCAGUGUCAAAAUACCCAACAACAUCGGAAUCUUCACCCAAGGCAUCCCCACAGCCAAAGUCUGAAAUUAAACCAAGAUCACCACCAGUACCUACUGAAGGGGAGGGGGAAGAAAAAGAAGAAAGUUCAGAUACCUCCGAAAGUGUGCAUUCCUCCCCAGACAGAAAAAUCCACAGGGAGGGAUAUGAUAGACCACUGUCCAGAAUGGGGCAUAUCCCUGAAGAUUCUAAAAGCCAAAAAUCUGAAAACAAUGAUGAAGAGUCUUCCAGUAAAUCAAAAACUGAGACCAAGAUGCAAGAAAGUUUACCAGCUUUUACUGAAGAAAGUGACACACAGUCUGCAAGUAAAACUGACACAAACUCCAGUGAGAAACAAGAAUCCAGUAAAUCUGACAGUAAAACACCUACAGAUGAAACGACAACUCGGGAAGACACGUAUAAAUCAUCAACAGAUGACACCACAACUCGAGAAGACCCAUAUAAAUCAUCAACAGAUGACACUACAACUCGAGAAGACCCGUAUAAAUCAUCAACAGAUGACACCACAACUCGAGAAGAUCCGUAUAAGACAUCAACAGAUGACACCACAACUCGAGAAGACCCGUAUAAAUCAUCAACAGAUGACACCACAACUCGAGAAGACCUGUACAAGACAUCAACAGAUGACACAAGAGACAGAGAACCACAAGCGGAUGACAAAAUGGCAUCUGAUUCAGAAUCUCAAUCGGACAUUGAGGAAAAAAAGGAACAGCGAGAGGAAGAGGGAGGUAAAACUAGCGAGUCAGAGUCAGGCACUGAGAGAAAUACCUCCGAGAAUGCAGAAAGUGAGAAGAAACCUUCAGGUUCAAAAGAAAAAGUGUCCUUUAGGAAGGACCCUGAAUUAGAGGGAUCAGAUAAAGCUCAGUUACCAAAGAGAAGGAGAGAUUCUUUAAGUGACGACGAAGUACCAGCUUCUAAAAGGGACCCAGAUGAAUUAGAAUAUUAAUGUGAGACCCAGUUGAAUUAGAAUAUUAAUGUGAGGCCCAGAUGAAUUAGAAUAUUAAUGUGAGACCCAGUUGAAUUAGAAUAUUAAUGUGAGGCCCAGUUGAAUUAGAAUAUUAAUGUGAGACCCAGUUGAAUUAGAAUAUUAAUGUGCUGAAUUUUUAAAAAAAAUAAUUCUAAACUGUUGCAAACAGCCUGGAUUUAAAAAGAAAACAGAUUUCUAUAGUUAUUUAAGUUCUAUAUGUACAAGUUUACUCAUGUUGACAAUUUUUAUCAACAGACAGUGCCAAUUGAAUUUGAAGUAUUUUGAAGUAUACUUUUGAAGUAUUUAGUUAUACAUGUUACUAACAUGUAUUUAUAUAUGAAGAAUAUGUCAAAUCAAUUUUAGAGAUAUAUGUGUUAGUUUCAUUUUUUUUUUUUUUUUGCCUAUUUUUAACAGUAUUCACAACUUUAUUGUGCAGAUAGUUUACACAAUACAAAGCAGUAUUAAUUUAGAUGUUUUCAGUACUGUAACGGAUAACGGAACAAUUUGAUUCUGAGUUCACUUUGAUACACAUGCAAUUUAUAUUUUUAUCUUUACAUAUAUUUAUGCCAGUUAACUGCUUGCAAACUAGACAGAAUUUGCUUUAAUGAUUUUUUUUAAGUAUUGCCUGUGAUAUAUGUAUAUCUCUUCUUUAUAAAUGAUUUAUUAUUGCAAAUCUAGGAACUAUAAGCUAAUAAAUUUUAUUUUUUUGUCA